AUGACAGCAGAAUUGAAGGCGAAGAAUAGGACGGGCGAGCACUUGGACUGGGAAGACUCGAACAUCUUGCAAGGCAUCUCCCGGAUCUCCUCUUCCUUGGAGCAGUGCAACAAUGGUGAGAGCGUGACUGCUCUUCUCGAUGCCUUCCUCUCCACCUGCCCCUUCUUCUCUCGCAGCGAGUUUCAGGACAUGGAGAAGGAGAAAGGAGAGCCAUGGCACCGCCUACACUGCAUCUACUCCUUCGUUCACACCUCGGGCUGCACGCGACAGUUCUGCAGGCUGCUGGAGGAGUGCCGGGAGGACAUGGGGGCGAUGGGGCGAUGCAGCUUCAUCCUAUGGCACCUGUCGCGCAACGCUGACAACAGGCAGGAGAUGCUGAGCUUGGGGACUCACCGUGCCCUGGUGCAGCUGAUGGAGGAGAGCUCGCAGCACCUCAACGUCGUCGUGCACUCCCUCGGGCUGCUGUGGAACCUCUCGGCCGAGCCCGACUACCGCAACGACAUCAUCGCCUCCCGCGCCGCCGACAUGCUCCUCGACUUCAUGCAUACCCACGAGGAGGUGGCGCCUGUGCAGGAGAACGCCAUAGGAGCGCUGAUCAACCUGAGCUUGAACAUCGACUUCGAGCGCUGCAAGGGAUACGUGAGCCCGCUGCUGUCUGUCAUGUCUCGCCACACCAGCUCCCCCCUCAUCCAAGAGAACUCCUGCUGGUUCCUUUGCAACAUGAACGACGACUCCAUCCGCAGCUACAUCGUCGAGCAUGGCGGAGUUCAGUGUGUCCUCCGCUGCCUGCAAGUGCACGAGGAGGACGCGAGGGUGCAGGAGAAGGGCUUGUGGGCUCUGUGCAGCUUCGCAUGCGACGGGGCCAGCAGUUGUCUGAUCGUAGCCAGCGGAGGAGUGGAAGUGAUCGUAAGGGCCAUGACAAGGUUCGCCCACAACGAGACUAUUGUCUGCUACGCCUGCUGGACCCUCAAGAACGUCGCAGCCGUCAGCAAGGACGUCUGCGUGGACAUCGCGCGCGAGGGUGUGGUGCCAGUGGUGCUGGAGCUGCUGAGAGGGCAAGGAGGAAAGAAGCGAGGAGGCUGGAGCGAUGAGACGCUGGAGCAGUUCUUCAGUCUCAUUCGCAACCUUGCUUUCCACGAUGACGUGCGAGCAGAAAUCGUCAAGAGGAAAGGAAUCGCUCGCAUCCUCAAGUCUCUUCCUCGAGUUCAAGCAGCUGCGACGAAGGCCUCCUCCCUCGCUGCCUUGUGCAACCUGGUGAAGCAGGAGGACGAGAGCAUCGUUGAGCUUGUGCGGAGGAAGGGAGUCGAAGCCGUGCUGCUCCUAAUGACUUCUGACUGCUGCCUGGACAUCCACAAGUUCGGCUGCAUCCUCCUCUACAGCCUCUCGCGAGAGAGAGAGAGCUGUAAACUUCGCGUCAUCCGGGCAGGAGGGGUGGAGGUGCUGAAGGAGGCGAUCAAGCAGCACGGGCACGAGCAGACGGUCAGAGACUGUGCGGUGCAGACGCUGAGGAAUUUAUGCUACAACGACAAGAUGGAGAUGCGCAUCCAGCAGGAGACCAACAUCCUUCUCGCCCGCGCCUCCCACCCCCUCCAGGUCUGCCUUCUCCCCUGA